CAGCAGCCCCUGGCCGAGGCCCGGCUCUUCGUCGCGCUCCCCCUGCGGAUCCGGCUCCGGCGGUUGCAAUCCCGCGUCUCCUGAGCCCCACUGGUUCCCGCGCUGCUGAGCCAUGCCUCCUCCUGAGUGGAAGUCCCCGACCCUGCGCCGGGUGUUUGUGGUGGGGGUUGGCAUGACCAAGUUCACGAAGCCUGGAGUUAAGAAUUCAAGGGACUACCCUGAUUUGGCAAAAGAAGCAGGUCAGAAGGCCUUAGAGGAUGCUCAGAUCCCUUAUUCAGCAGUGGAGCAGGCAUGUGUUGGCUAUGUUUAUGGUGACUCUACCUCUGGGCAGAGGGCUAUCUAUCACAGUUUGGGACUGACUGGAAUUCCUAUCAUCAACGUCAACAAUAACUGUUCUACUGGUUCUACUGCUUUGUUUAUGGCCCGGCAGCUGAUUCAGGGUGGUUUGGCAGGUUGUACUUUGGCUCUUGGGUUUGAGAAGAUGGAGAAAGGAUCCUUUGUAUUAAAAUUUCCAGAUAGGACCUUUCCAACUGAUAAACACCUCGAAAUCUUCAUCGCUAAAUGUGGGUUGUCUCCCCACCCAGUUGCUGCUCAGAUGUUUGGGUCUGCUGGAAGAGAGCACAUGGAAAAAUAUGGAACAAAAACUGAACACUUUGCAAAAAUUGGAUGGAAAAAUCAUAAGCAUUCAAUUAACAACCCGUAUUCCCAGUUCCAAGAAGAAUACAGUUUAGAUGAAAUAAUGACAUCUCGAAAUGUUUUUGAUUUUUUAACUGUCUUACAGUGUUGUCCCACUUCAGAUGGUGCUGCAGCCGUAGUUCUGGCCAGUGAAGAGUUUGUACGGAAGUAUGGCCUGGAAUCCAAAGCUGUGGAAAUUUUGCAGCAAGAGAUGGUAACAGAUAUGCCAAGCACAUUUGAAGGAAACAGUGUUAUUAAAAUGGUUGGCUACGAUAUGACUAAAGAAGCUGCCAGAAGAUGCUAUGAGAAAUCUGGCCUGGGACCAAGUGACAUUGAUGUAAUAGAACUUCACGACUGCUUUUCUUCAAAUGAACUCCUUACUUAUGAGGCUCUUGGACUCUGUCCGGAAGGACAAGGUGGAAUGCUGGUUGAUAGAGGAGAUAAUACUUAUGGAGGAAAGUGGGUCAUAAAUCCUAGUGGUGGAUUGCUUGCCAAGGGGCACCCACUGGGAGCUACAGGUCUGGCUCAAUGUGCCGAACUCUGCUGGCAGCUGAGAGGCGUAGCCGGAAAGAGGCAAGUUCCCGGUGCAAAGGUGGCCCUGCAGCACAAUUUAGGCCUCGGUGGAGCAGUUGUAGUGACACUGUACAGGAUGGGUUUUCCGGAAGCCGCCAGUUCUUUCAGAAUGAAUCAGAUCGAGGCUGCUCCAACCAGCUCUACCGGGGAUGGAUUUAAGGCACACCUUGUCUUCAAGGAGAUUGAGAAGAAACUUGAAGAGGAAGGUGAGCAGUUUGUGAAGAAAAUUGGUGGUAUUUUUGCCUUCAAGGUGAAGGAUGGCCCUGGGGGUAAGGAAGCCACGUGGGUCGUGGAUGUGAAGAACGGCAAAGGAUCGGUGCUUCCCAACUCAGAUAAGAAGGCCGACUGCACCAUCACCAUGGCUGACUCAGACUUGCUGGCUCUGAUGACCGGUAAAAUGAACCCUCAGUCGGCCUUCUUUCAAGGUAAAUUGAAAAUCACUGGCAACAUGGGCCUGGCAAUGAAGUUACAGAACCUUCAGCUGCAGCCAGGCAAAGCCAAGCUGUGAAGAACUAACUCCCUUUGGCAGCUUUGGAAAAUCAAGAGGCGAUAUAGAUCCAUAUAUUUCAUUGUCAGAACUUAGAUGGAAACUACACGUUGGCAGAUAAUAUGAGCUAGCUUUGUUGUUCCAUGGCUGUCACCAGUCGUGUUUUUCCUGGGCUCUGCAUGCAGGGCUGAUGGUAUACUACUGCUUUGCGGGAUUGCAUAAAAUGUGCAUGACAAAGUUAAUUUGGUGAUUAUGAUUUGGGGUAAAUUUGAGUUUCAGAAUAAAAGUAGGAACAAUAAAAUCUAUGUAAACAGAAGCUCUUGUUUUGCUCAGAAGUAUAUAUAAGGAUUAUCCCAUGGCCCAUGGAGGGUCCAAUUUGAAGAGUUUUCCUUGGGAAAACUGGGCAAGAAACAAUACCAGGUGCUGGCCAGGAAUUAGUGUCUUGUACUUGAUGACCAUCAUUGGUUUCUCACUAAAAUUCUGUGCUGGGAUUACAAA